AUGGAGAAAACAAUUCGAACUGUUCUUGAUCAAGCACAAAAUAGUAACAUUCGACAUGGUGAACAUCUCAAAGCACUUGCUGAUCUUUACUCUAAGUGCAAUCAACAAUCAUUUCAUGACGAAUUUCUCCGUUGUAUUGCUUCAAUAAUAACUUCCCCGUCAAAUUCAACUUUUGUUGGACAUGCACUUCAAUUCAUUUCAUCUUUUCUUACCUUAGAAAUAGGUUCAUCAACAAAUAAUAAUGAUUCUCAAAAUAAUGAUAGUAUGCAAUCGGAUCUUUUUCAUCCAAUUUUACCACGAGUUAUACAAUUUUUUGAUGAAUAUAAAAAUCAUCCGAGUGAUUAUGUUCGUGCAAAUAUAUGUGUUCUUAUUGGACAAACAUUAGAAAAAAUGGCUGAAAAUGCUGAAUUAGAUGGAGAUUUAUUUGAAUUACUUGUUAAUAUUUGUCUCGAUCGAAUGAAUGAUCGAAGUUAUCAAGUACGCGCUCAAGCAGCUAAAGCUAGUGGUCGAUUACAAAAUACAAAAGAUCCUGAUGAUCUUAUUACAAAACGUCUUAUUUGGUUAAUGGAUCAUGAUUCUCAUCCACUUGUUCGAAAAGAAUCGCUUCGAUCAAUAGCUAUAACACGUUCAAAUUUACCACAUUUUUUACGACGUCUUACCGAUACAAAUGCGACAGUUCGUCUAUGUGCAUAUAAUGUAUUUGCACAAAAAGUUCAAACAUUAAAAGUUUUACCAACAAAGGAACGUUGUUCUAUUGUACGUAUGGGUAUGGAUGAUCCUGAAGAACCCGUUGUUCGUGCAUUUGUUGAAUGUGUUGUUCAUACAUGGAUUGAUAAAUUACCAGUACCACCGGGAACUGAUUUAACACGUCAACCAGAUGCACAUAAAACAAUAACUGGUUUUCUUAAAAUGAUCGAUGUAACGAAUAUUGGUGAACAAACAGGAAGAAUAUUAAAAAUGCUUUUUGAUGAUAAUUUAAUGAAGCACUAUGAUCAUUUUAAAGAAACAUUUAUUAACGACAAAAGAUUAAUUGGUGUUGAACAGCUCGAUUGUGAAUCGGCAUUUUUUUGGCAACAUCUUGUCGAAUAUCUCAGUCGAAAUAAUGAAUAUAAUGAAAAACUUGAUGCUAUUCUACCGGAACUUGUCGAUCUUGUCGAUGUACUUUAUGAACUAAUUCAUUCAUAUCAUGAUGAUUCAUCAAUGGCUUCAGUAGUUGCAGAAAUAAAUUUUGUUGUUGAUUGUGUUUUACAUGUUAUGGUUCAUUGUAAAUUUGAUGAUCUUGCUGGAAGAUAUCGUGUUGAAACAUUAUGUCGUGAUAUGUUUUUUAUGGAAGAAAUUGAAGCAACAACAUAUAAAAUGAUAAUGAAUAUUAUGAAAAAAAUUGAACCAAAAUUUGAACAUCGACAACGAAAAACUAUUGAAAUAUUAGCUGAUCUUGAAAAACGUGUAAAUCGACGUACAGAACAUAUUUUAGCAGAUCGAAAGAGUGAACAUGAAGUUAUCGCUUUACGUGAACGUCAAUCAGCUUUACAAGACUCAUUACAUCGAAUUCGUGAUCAUGAUAUAGCAUCACAAAAUAUUGAUGAACGUGUUCGACUUGAAAAAGAUCUUAGUGAAGUUAAAGAUCGUCUUUCACAUUAUGAUCAUACAAUUAUAUCAACUCAAUCACAAUCACAAAUCAGUGCAAUCAGUUCUACUGGUGAUCGUUCAACUACUGGUCGUGAUUUUAUGCUAGUUAAACGUUUAACAAUUCUUUGUGAACUUCUAUCAACAACAAUGCCUAAUAAAAUAUUACCUUCAUCAUUCGUAACUUAUGCACAAGAUUUAGCUGCGUCAAGCCUUGCAUCAUAUGAUUUAGCAGUUCGUCGCUAUGUUAUUCGUACAUUAGGUUUACUUGGAGUCUAUGAUGAACAACUUAUGAAAGAAAAUCUUGAACUUAUGAAUAAAGUAAUAGAAAAUGAUGUAUCGGUAGCAGUUAUUGAAGGUUUGAAUGCAUUAGGCGAUAUGUUUAUUCGGCAUAAUGCGUUAAAUAUGAUAAAAAAUACACAUAAUAGUCGACAAGUGAUACAAGCUAUUGAACAAGGAUUUAAUCUCAUUACUCAAAAGAUUGAUGACCCAAUUGUGAAUAUUCGUCAAACAGCUUUAACUAAUAUGAUUAAAUUAUUCUUUGUUGGUCAAGCAAAUAGUAGUGAAGCAUUUGCUAAAUUAAUUGUUGCUUGGUACGAUGGAUCGACAGAUAUUCGUGUUGGCGGUCUUCUGACAACAUUCUUUCCAGCAUAUGCUGAUAAAUUUUGGCAAACCGAUAAAUAUUUAUUUAAUUCUUUACAACCAUCUAUUGAUGGCCUUUUAAGAAAUGAUUCAACUAAACAAGAACCAACAUUUGUUGCUGAUGCUAUAAAACUUUUUCUUCAAUUACAUCAAAUUCGAGAACGAGCAGUUAUUGAUCAUCUUAUGCAAACUGCACCACAAUCUUCAGGUGAUGCAACAAAUGUUGAUUUACCUGAUCCAACAACUGAUCUUGAUUUAACAAUUCAUGCUCAUUUAAAUAAUUCAAUGGUAUCAGUAAAUAAACAAACACUUGAUAAAGAAACUGUUGAAAAACAAAAACAUGAAGCUCGAUUAAAAUAUCAUUUUUAUGUUGCCCAUACAAUACUUACUCAAUUAAAAUCAUCGACUAACGAUGAUCUUAUUCGUUCAUUAAUAACAACAUUAAAUUUAAUUGAUAUAACGACAGAUGAUUGGACAAUUAUUAAAGGUUUAAGACGUAAAUCAAAGAAAGUCAAUAAAUAUUUAACGGUCAGUAAAAGAAAAUCAAAUUUAAAAUUAUUUAUUAAAAAACUGUCAAGUCGUAUUGAAUUAUUACGUGGUUUCGAUGAUGAUAAUGAUACAACACUCAAUGAAUCGACACUUACUGAUUCAUCUCAAUUGAAUACUACAGUAAUUAGUGCAGUUCCAGCACAUAUUACUAAUGCAGCUUCAACAACACCUGGCUCACCACUCAUGGAUACAGUUUUUCGUGGUCUUGGUAAAAAGAAACGUGUAGUAAAAGACUCACUUCUUUCACAAAAUUCUACUAGUUCAAUUGUUAUACCACCACCCGCUGCCCCUCGUAGUCCACCAUCGCAUCCACUAGUGCAAACAUUUCGUAAUGAAAAAAAUUCAACAAAACUUUCUAUAACUCCUGCUAAAAAUGCUGACAAUGAUACUGAUACUUCAUCAUGUUCAUCACCAUCAUCAGCAUCAGAAAAUGAAGGUGCAACAUCAGAUAUUGAAAAUGAAGAACCUCAACCUCAAUCUAUUUCAUCAGCUAAUAAACGAGCACAUGCAGAUGCUACAUCAACUGAAUCACUUAGUCCACCACGUAAUAGUGUAACAAAUGCAACACGUAUGGUACUUCGAUCAAGUGCACGUAAACCACAAGAUCAACAAUCUCAACAAAUUCCAGUAUCAACACCAUCGUUUCGUCAACAACGUAAACAUCGUCGUAUUGAUCUUGAAAUUACUCCUUUAAAUACUACUAAUAAAAAAAAAUUACCACCAACUCAAUCAUCAACACCUGAUAUAAAUAAAUAA